AUUUUGAAUGGGCAGUGAAAUUAAAUCGUAUCAUCUUAGAUGUUAUUGGAUUAUGGCCUAAAGCUGCACAAAGUACUCGAGAGAAAUUAAUGUGCAAUUUCCGAGUACUCAUCGUAUUCCUGGCAGUAACGUGUGGCGUUUUGAUUCCAUCUUUACAUUCAUUAAUAAGAAUUUAUGGAGAUCUUAUGUUAAUGAUAGAUAAUUUGCAAUUUACUUUACCUGCUAUAAGUUGUUCAAUAAGAAUUGUGAUUUUUUGGUGGAAAAAAGAAGCUAUUAUACCGGUCAUGAAUAUGAUUGUGGAGGAUUGGGUAAAAUCAAAAAGUGCACAAGACAGAAAUGUUAUGAUUAGAAAAGCGCAGAAUGCACGCAUCAUUAUUACUUGCGCAUACUGCAUAAUGGGAAUAGCAUGCUUUUUUAUUAUCAUUCUUCCGGGUUUUGGAAUAUCUAUGAGAUUAACGCCUAAUAUUACCGAUCCAGGCAGACCAAUGCCUCUACAAACAUAUUAUAUUUACGACAUAACUGAAAGACCGCAAUAUGAACUAACAUUUAUUAGUCAAACUAUUUACAUUCUUCUCGCUAUUAUGUCAUAUACUGGAAUAGACAAUUUUCUUGGGUUACUAAUUUUCCAUAUAUGCGGCCAAUUGGACAUUCUCAAGAAUCGUUUGAUAUGUUUGGAUAAAUACAUUAAUUUUCAUGAUAUGUUAAAAAGUUGCAUAACAAAACACAUUCGUUUACUUAGAGCUAUUGUCAUUAUUGAAGAUACAUAUAAUAUAACACUUCUAGCAUUGUUUGUAUAUUUUGCGAUACUUUUUGCUUUCUAUGGUUUCCGCAUAAUUAACGUAAGUGUCCAAUUUUAGAUAAACAUUUGUCAUUAAUAAUAUAAAAAAAUGAUAAAUACAUAUAUUAUAUGUUAGAGUUAAAAUAUUCUUUUUAUUUAUACAUAAUAUUUGUAUAAACAUUACGAAUCUAAAGUAAUACAAAGUUGUUAUGUCUUUGUUUCAUGUAAAUUACAUAGUUAUUUGAUGAAGGAAAUGAUUUGUCGAUCACUCACUUGAUAUAUUUUGUUUCCAACGUUUUCAACAUAUUUGCGCAUAUGUGUCUAUACUGCGCUCUUGGCGAAAUUUUGGUCGCUCAGGUAAGUUUCUUAUUUCUUUUUUGUACACGCUAUGAAAAAUAUCAUACAUCAAUA